AAGUUUUUAACCUGCGAUUUCUUAAUCUUUUUCUCUCUCUAUCGAUUCUAGCUUCAUCGCUGUUCCAAAUUUAGGAGUUUUCUGAGGUCAGAGGUCUGUCUUACAUUGAUGGGUUGCUCCUGGUUCUCAUGUCACAGGAGAGGAGAAGCUACAGAAGUUGAUGGAGAAAUCGCAGCGAUAGACAAUGUAAAGAUAUACAAAUACAGAGAGAUACGUCAGGCCACUGAUGAUUUCAGUGCUGAAAAUAAAAUUGGAGAAGGAGGGUUUGGUUCUGUGUACAAGGGCUGUCUUAAAGAUGGAAAGCUGGCGGCUAUCAAAGUCCUCUCGGCUGAGUCAAGACAAGGUGGGAAUCACAGGAUUCUUGUUUACAAUUUCCUUGAGAACAAUAGUCUUGAUAAGACCCUGCUAGCUGGGGGCUACACUCGGAGUGGGAUACAGCUUAUGCCACCUAACAUGACUCAUGUCAGCACUCGUGUCGCUGGUACAAUUGGUUAUUUAGCACCAGAGUAUGCUGUUAGGGGACAGUUGACGCGGAAAGCGGAUAUAUACAGCUUUGGAGUCCUUCUGAUGGAGAUAGUCAGUGGAAGAAGUAACAAAAACACCCGAUUACCCACGGAAUAUCAAUAUCUUCUGGAAAGGGCUUGGGAACUUUAUGAGCGGAAUGAGCUUGUGGAUCUUGUUGAUUCAGGUUUAAAUGGAGUCUUUGAUGCAGAGGAAGCUUGUCGGUACCUAAAAAUCGGUCUUUUGUGCACACAAGACAGUCCUAAGCUAAGACCAAGUAUGUCCACAGUGGUGAGGUUGCUAACAGGGGAAAAGGAUAUAGACUACAGGAAAAUAAGCAGACCGGGCUUGAUUUCUGAUUUCAUGGAUAUGAAAGUGAGAGGACCUGUGGCAACAAAGUCAGAGCAAGUGAACAGACAAAACUACACAAACCCUUCUUCUUCGUCUAAUGCCUCAUCUAGAGAUCACUCAAAUGCUUACUCAUCAGGGGCUUCAUCAGCCAAUGCUGUUAUGGAGGAUAUAGGAUUGGUUAAGCAAGGUUGGAAAUGGUUGCAGUCUCAGAAACAUUUGUGCUCUUGGGUUUGUGCUGCAACACGAUGUUUUGGGGAAAAGACAGAAGCUUUGGCAGAGCGUCACUGGCCACUAGUGUGCAGUGGAUGUGGGAAGCUAUUAGGGUUACUUAGUUUAUCGUUUGUUUAUUGGAAAGACUGCAUUUUGAGGGGUUUUCAGUCCAGUGCUAAAUUUGGUUCAGCAGCUUUGCUCCUCAUAAUGUGGAGUUGCUUCCUUAGCCUAACUUCAAUAUCUUGCUUGGUUUAUGUACUCCUCGGUAUGGCAGCUGCUGGUGCUGUUGUCUUGUACUUAGGUCGCACUCCUGGGAUUUUCAUUGUAGGACUAUUUGGAAUUUUGAUUUUGUGGAUGUACGCUAAUUUUUGGAUCACCGGAACAUUAUUUAUAGUUGGAGGUUAUUUGUUCUCUUUGAAUCAUGCGCGGGUGGUGGUUCUUAUGGCGACGAUGUACGCUAUGUACUGUGUCAAAGCCAGACUUGGAUGGCCUGGAGUUAUUCUCUCGAUGAAUCUUGCAUUCUUGUCCAACGAUAUAUUUAUUUGUCUUCUUCAAUGGUGUGAUACUGUUAGUGAAAAAACACAAGCGGAGGAGCCGACGAAACCUGAAACUGUAAUAGAGGAACAGUUUCCAGGAGAGUUUGAGUAUUCUUCUGUUCCUGUUGAAGAACCGGAGAAAAAGGUUCAUGAAGAUAAGUCGUCCACUAAGCCAGCAUCACCGUCAACUGUUGUCAGUAACAUGAAGGAGAUUUCUAGUGUUAAGGUAGUCAAAAUAGAAACAGAUUCAGCUGAUGAGAUGAAAAGAAUUCUUGAUAGUUUGAAUCACUACGAAGCAUUAGGGCUCCCUCUGUUUAAAAAGAUCGAUGCUGCAUUGCUUAAGAAAGAGUAUAGAAAGAAGGCAAUGCUGGUUCAUCCAGAUAAGAAUAUGGGAAGUCCUUUGGCAAGUGAAUCAUUCAAGAAACUUCAAAGUGCUUACGAGGUUCUUGCCGAUUCUGUUAAAAGAAGAGAUUAUGAUGAGCUGUUAAAGAAGGAAGAAUGUAGAACCAGGAGUGUCUGUCAGUCCGCGCAUUCGCAUCAGAAUAGUGCUGAUUAUCGAUCAGAAGAGUCAAGGCGCAUACACUGUACGAAAUGCGGGAAUUCACACAUUUGGGUAUGUACCAACAGGAGUAAGGCAAAGGCCAGAUGGUGUCAGGAGUGUGGUCAGUAUCAUCAAGCCAAAGAUGGUGACGGAUGGGUUGAACACAAAGGGACUCUGGUAUUCGAGAAAGCACAUAAGAUUGAAAUACCACGAGCUUUUGUUUGCGCGGAGGGCAAAGUCUUUGAUGUCUCAGAAUGGGCUAUUUGUCAGGGAAUGGCGUGUAGACCAAACACACAUAGGCCAAGUUUCCAUGUGAACAUGGUCGGAUUAGAAAAGGCAACCCAGAGAUCAAACUCGAGCAGGUUCCCGUGGGAUCUUGAUGUGGAGAUGAUGGACGAGGAUGAGGAAGAAUUUGAGUUAUGGCUUCAACAAGCUCUAGCUUCCGGUCUCUUCUGUGAAACAUCAAAACGCAGAAAAAGCUGGAGUCCUUUCAAGUUAACCAAGAAACAAUCCCGAAGAACAUCGACUUGACCCAAGAAGACAUCAACAACAAUGGCAAGAUCAACAACAAAGACUUAAUGGCUUGUUCUUUCUGAGAAUGGAAAAUGGACGAAGAUAUGAACGAAUAGCCUAAAAAGGAAACAACCUUUAAGGUGCUAAUGAAGAAGAAAGGAACAUGGGAGCUUGAAACCUUAUGUUGGUUGAUCACCUGUUGGAUCCCUUCUCUGUAAAUAGAAUCUGUGUAUCUUG